UAAUUUUGUUGUAAAAUAUAUUCUUGUGAAUUAGCAUAGCACUAAUAUGUUUUGUUGUGUUGUUGUGUUCUAUUUAUUUGGAUUUAUUGUCAUCGCAGGGGAUAAUUCUAUUACCGAUCCGACCAUAAUUAGAACUCAAGGGGAAUGGGACCUUGAAAACAGACAACCUUCUGGAAUACCAGCCCCAGAACCAACUAAAGGACCGAAUAACAUAAAAAUUGUAACGCCUCCUGUAGAAGAAAAUGGAUUUGCAAUAAACAUUCUAUGGAUUGGACUUGGCAUUGGAGUUUUCAUUGUAGUCGUCAUCAUUCAAACAAUAUGCAUUAUCAUCUACACCCGAAGAGUAAAAGUGGCACAUCGAACAAUUGAAGACAUCAUACAUUCCAAGGAAUUGAGACGUGAUGACAGCCAAGCGCGCUACAGUAAGACACCAGGAAAGGUGAACAAAAGUCUAGAAAGUGCCGAAGCGAGUCAUUAUGAGUCAUUGCCAGAAUUGGACAAGAUAAACAAAAAACCGCCUCCUCCCCCCAUAGAAACUUUACCUCGUUUUCAGCAUCCAAAUCCAUUACCAGAACUACUGGCUGUACCCAACUUCCACGGAAUACCACCACGAACAGGGCCAGCUAAUUAUUUCCAUCAAACAUCAAGCAUGCCAAGGAGUAAAGAACGGCUGCCCACGCCAAAAGAAUUUGUUUACGGUCGAGAUGUAAAGCCUCCGACAAGUAGAUCACCGAUGCCACUUCCACAUGAAGUUCCAACAGUUAAACCUUCAACUCUGCCAACCAGGUCUCGUAAGAACUCUCUUAAUGUCAGACCUAAAAACGUUUUGGCAGCCACAAUGGUACCAGUUACAGGAGAGAAUGCUGAAUUGCUGUCAAAAUUGAAACGUAGAGCAGCGAUGAAUGAAACCUCAUCUAGUUCGACGUUUAGUGUUUCACCACCAAUAUUUCCUAAGCCAGUUUCACAACAGACGAAAAAAAUUGCACGAACCCCAAGCCCAAAACUUACAAGGCCGAGAUAUGAAAAUGAUUCUGAUGAGGAAUGGACCAUCGAGCAUUUAAAACCGCUGAACUUGUACAAUGUUUAGGAAAAUAAAUUUUACUUUAUAAUAAUUUAUAAAUAAAUAUUCAUUACGGAUUAA